AUAUUCUUUAAGAAUCAUUAGCCAGUGUUGUAAACUGAGAGAACCAGGUUUAUCAAGCUGAUACCAGAGAACGAGACCAGGAGUUUAGAGAACACGGGCAGUUUCCAAACAACAGAGAGUGCAGAAUGGAGUAAGGAGUAAUUGUCGCACUAAGAAUCCAAGGAUUUGAGGUUGGCUCAGGCUGAAUAUAUCGCCAUUUAGCGACGUAUUCGCAUCAGCGAUCGCAUCGUUCUCGACUUGUUCAAACUUUCAGUCUGAGUCACCCGAGUUUCAGUUAGCACAAGUAUCCAACCCAGCCCGGACAAGUUCCCACCUGGAUCGCAGUAACAACGGCACAUCCAACCCAAUUCAAGUUUCUUAACUGCCUAAAAGAACAUCAUGGAUGUUUACGAAGAGCUCGUUGCCUGGGCACGGGACAAAGGAGUCGAGUUACACGGGGUCGCCCCUCGCGAGUUUCCGGGACGGGGCGUAGGCAUCGUGGUCACGAAACACAUCAAGCCCGGCGAUCUUCUCCUCCGGAUCCCGUCAUCGGUCCUCCGGACUGCCGACACGGUCCGGCCCGAAGUCAAGGAGAGCCUCCCCAAGGACACUAAAGUCCACGCCCUGCUCGCCGCAGACCUCGCCCUCGACUCCCCCACGUCGGAAUACAGCAUCUGGAACGCCGUCGUCCCCUCGCGCGAGGCCAUCACCACCAGUCUGCCCCUCGCCUGGGACACCCGCCUGCACCCUUACCUCCCCAAACCCGCCCUGGCCAUCCUCCGCAAGCAGCAGGCCAAGUUCAACCGCGACUGGGCCGUCAUCCAACAGUCCCCCCUGGCAGCGGGCUCCUCCUCCUCCUCCUCCUCCACCACCACCACUUCUUCCUCUACGACAACGGCUCUCACGGACAAGAGCCGCUCCCCGACCACCACCACCACCACUACCACCACCACCACUGCCAAGACGGGCACCAUCACCCGCCAGACCUUCCUCUACACCUGGCUCCUGGUCAACACGCGCACCUUCUACCACGAGACGGCGGGCGCGGCCGCCCACCGGGCGCGCGACGACCGCAUGGUGCUGCAGCCGGUCGCCGACCUGCUCAACCACGCGGCGGCCGGGUACGCGACGGCCGGGUUCGACGGGGCGGGCGGGAUCGGGUGGUUCACCGUGGCGGCGGACCGGGCGUACGCGCCCGGCGAGGAGGUGCACAUCUGCUACGGCCGGCACCACAACGACCUGCUGCUGGUCGAGUACGGCUUCCUGCUGGCCGACAACCGGUGGGACGAGGUCGGGCUGGACGACGCGGUGCUGCCGGCGCUGAGCGGCGCGCAGCGGGCCCUGCUGGACGAGCGCGGCUUCCUCGGCAACUACGUGCUCGACGCCGGCACCGUCUGCUACCGCACCCGGGUGGCGCUGCGGCUGCUGUGCUGCGUCUCGGCCGCCCAGUGGGAGCGGCUGGUCAACGACGGCGAGGACGGCGGCGAGGCGCUGCAGGAGGAGGUGGACCGGCUGCUGGUGCGGCUGCUGAAGAAGUACCGCGGGACGGUGGUGGAGGGCAAGAUCCGCGAGCUCGAGGCGCUCGACGUCGGCCUGCCAAGCCAGCGCGAGAUCCUCCGUACCAGGUGGCAGCAGAUCGGGAGACUGAUAGACCAGACAAUUGACCGUCUUGAUGCUUGAGACGCUUGUAAC